AUGGUAAUGGUAGGAGGAAGGCAUCCAAUGAAAAUAACCUAUUCUGUGGGUUUUAAAUCCGAUGGAAAGAUUACGGCCUUGUACUUGAAUUUGUUGGUAAAUGCAGGCAUAUCAGAGGAUUAUAGUCCACUUAUUUCACAUGCCAUUAUAACUUGUCUAAAAAAAUACAACUGGGGUGCUCUCGCUUUUGAUAUUAAACUAUGCAAGAUGAAUCUUACAAGUAAAUCAUCGAUGCGAGCACCAGGGCAGGUACAGGGAUCUUACAUUGCUGAAGCUAUUAUUGAGCGUGUAGCAUCUUUCCUGUCCUUGGAUGUCGAUGUUGUGAGAAAAAGAAAUUUGCAUACAUAUGAAAGCCUGAAGUUUUUUUAUGGAAGUAGCAGUGGAGAAGCUCCGGAAUAUACUUUACCUGCUAUAGUUGAUGAGUUGUUUACAUCUGCAAGCUACUUCAAUCGUCUUGAAAUGGUAUUGCAUUUCAAUAGUUGCAACAAAUGGAAAAAACGAGGGAUUUCUUGGGUACCAAUUGUAUAUGAAGUGGAACCAAUGCCAACACCAGGGAAAGUAUCCAUUCUAAAUGAUGGUUCAAUUGUUGUUGAAGUCGGAGGAAUUGAAAUAGGCCAGGGACUGUGGACAAAGGUGAAGCAAAUGGCUGCAUUCGGUCUUGAACAGCUAUGGGAUGAAGAGAAAAAAUAUCUUUUGGAUAGGGUUAGAAUCAUUCAAGCAGAUACUCUGAGUUUGGUUCAGGGAGGUUUAACUGCUGGAAGCACCAAAUCUGAAGCAAGCUGCGAAGCAGUUCGUCUAGCAUGCUCUAUUCUAGUCAGCAGAUUAAAGCCUCUUAAGCAAAGUUUGGAAGAGCAAAUGGGAUCAAUUUCAUGGGACACCCUUAUUACCCAGGCAAAUUUGCAAUAUGUGAACUUAUCAGCGAGUACAUUUUGGGUUGCUGACGAUACUUCAUCAUAUCUAAAUUAUGGGGCUGCUAUAAGCGAGGUAGAAAUUGAUGUUCUCACUGGAGCUACUACGAUAUUGAGAGCAGACCUUACAUAUGACUGCGGACAGAGCUUGAGUCCUGCCGUGGAUCUAGGACAGGUUGAAGGGUCUUUUGUUCAAGGAAUUGGAUUUUUUGUCCUAUUGAUUUUGUUCAAUAUAUAA